CAGGAACCUGUAGGCGCCAUUCGUUACCUCUGAACGUAAGAAGGGACAAAACCCCGGUGAUGUUGCUGGAAAUGUUACCUCUCAAACCUUUCGGUUCUUAACUACUUCUCUGAAAUCUGUUCUGCCGUCACCUCCGGUAACUCCAGUUUCGCCUGAGUUGCAAGGAAAUGGCUCCGUCUUCAGCUUCGGGUCAUAGCCUCAAACAAAAAGUGUUCACUUGCCUCACCAAGCUCUCGGACCGCGAUACGCAGUCCAUCGCCGCCAAUGAGCUCGAGUCCAUUGCUCGGAACCUUGAUUCAAACUCUGUGCCGGUGUUCCUCUCGUGCAUUCACUCCACCAAUUCAUCAGACAAAUCGCCGGUUCGUAAACAAUGCGUACACCUCAUGCAGGUUCUUUCCGAAACGCACGGAAACACACUCUCCCCUUAUCUUUCCAAAAUCCUUGCGCAUAUAGUUCGUCGUCUCCGGGACCCGGACUCGUCAGUUCGAUCUGCUUGUGUGAAUUCGGUGUCGGCAUUGUCUGCGCACAUCACCAAGCAACCGUUUGCUUCUUUCCUGAAGCCGUUAACUGAGGCUCUGUUCACUGAGCAGGACCAGAACUCACAGUUAGGUGCGGCGCUUUGUCUUGCUUCUGCCAUUGAUGCAGCUCCUGACCCGGACCCUGCGAGAUUGGCGAAGCUCUUGCCGAGGGUCGAGAAGUUGUUGAGAAGCGGGAGCUUUAAGGCGAAGCCGGCGCUGUUGACGCUUAUCGGAAGUGUUAUUGAAGCCGGUGGACUCUCCGGUCAUGCGGCUUUGAGCAAUUUGGUUCCAUGCAUGGUGGAAUUCUUGAGCAGCAACGACUGGUCGGCAAGGAAGGCUUCGGCCGAGACAUUGACGAAGUUGGCAAUAGUGGAGAGGGACGUGUUAUCAGAAUUCAAGGCUGGAUGUUUGAAUGUCUUUGAGAAUCGACGAUUCGACAAGGUUAAGGUAGUUCGGGAGGUUAUGAAUCAGAUGUGUGAGGCGUGGAAGCAGAUUCCUGAUAUAUCGGAUGGAUUCUCUCCACCACCUAAAUCACAAUCUUCUUCCUCAGAAAAUGUAAGUGACGGGCGCUAUCCGGCAUUCUCACAGAAUUCAUGCAGUCCUGGUUCUGUAAUGCCUCGAUUGUGGAAGAAAUCCAAUCCGGCCAGCAGAUCAAGCCCUGAUAGUUCUUCUGUGAGCAAUGCAAAGAAAUUAAGCUUUAGUAAUAAGAGGAUGAGCUCAGGUGUGUUGCCAAAACUAAGCCAUAAGAAUCGGGAUGUUCGAACUGCUGUGCCAAGUGCUCCCUCUCCUAUAGGUGCUUAUCAGGGUUAUCUUGAAGAGAGAAAUGAAAUGAUGCUGGAGAAAAACAAAAAGGAGAAAAGUCACUUUUCAAGGCCAGAACUGAAACGGCCUCUUCUCAGUAAAAAUUCUGAUGAAAAAAAGCGCACGUUUGGUCGCUCCAAAGCGGGAUCCCGUGUAGCUCCAUGUGAUGAAGAGAGCCAAGAUUCAGAUGGCAUCAGUAAUGUCGCUAAAGAUUUCCAUAGGAAUGACAAAGACUGUGAUGAGUUGGCUUUAAUCCGCAGCCAGUUAUUUCAAAUUGAAAAGCAACAGUCAAAUCUACUUGAUCUUCUAGAGAGAUUCAUGAAUAGCUCACAAAAUGGAAUGCAAUCAUUAGAGUCUCGCGUACAUGGCCUUGAAUUAUCCCUGGAAGGGCUUUCUCAUGAUUUGGCUUUAUCAAAUAGAAGGGUGAUUUAUUCUCAUGCUCCCGGAGAUUCUUGCUGCUUGCUGCCCGGUGCCGAGAUCCUGAGCUCCAAAUUGUGGAGGAAAACACAGGCCCCGUAUCCAUACUCCCAGUUCUCUAGAUGUGAUGUCAACCCAUCACGGGCAGCCAUGUGGCACAGAGCUCACACGAAGGGUGAUGCUGAAACUGAGUUGACAAAUCAAAAGAUCAGGCUCCAUGGCAAUGGAGGAUUCAUCACAAAUCCACUGGCAGAAGUUCAUACUAGAUUUGCAGAUGCAAGACAGUGUGCGUGAAGAGAGCCAAUGAAUAACAUCAGCUUAAUGGCAGAAGGAAAGAGACCUUCCAUCAACUUGUUGGAAGAUCUCUUGAUCGGGGAGGUGUGACAAUGAUCGGACCAGAACAUUCAAAUUUGGUUAAUCUGCAAUCGUCACUCUCAAAUAAGGCGGAGAAGCUGAGUAUUUUAGACGUCACGCAUUCUAGUUCCAAGUGCAGAAUUUCAUUUGUCUCUCCAUCAUAUUAUUGGACAUGUUUAGCGGACUGGAACAAGUCCACGGCUUGCUCUUUUUUGUUUGAGGUUAAUUGCUACGUUGUAUUCCAGUUGUGCCAAAGUUGACGAUGAUGCACCUCUAGAAUGUAAGGUUUCUUUUCUGUA